CCCAAAUAGCCAUCUAUAUCUAACUCUUGUUCUUCCUCCUCUCCCUUGUGCUCGUGUUCGCCUCGUGGAAACCACCUACAUUUCUUUUUGUCGUUUGGAUUCUCUGAAGAUUUGCAAAGAUGACGAAGAACUACCCAGCUGUGAGUGAGGAAUACAAGAAGGCCGUCGAGAAAUGCAAGAGAAAGCUCAGAGGCUUGAUCGCUGAGAAGGGCUGUGCUCCUCUCAUGCUCCGUCUAGCGUGGCACUCUGCCGGAACAUUCGAUCAUAGCUCAAAGACCGGAGGCCCCUUCGGUACCAUGAGGUUCGCCGCCGAGCAAGCUCACGGUGCCAACAACGGUAUCAACAUUGCCCUUAGGUUGUUGGAGCCCAUCAAGGAACAGUUCCCAACCAUCUCUUUUGCUGAUUUCUAUCAGCUUGCCGGUGUUGUCGCUGUUGAAGUUACCGGUGGUCCUGAUGUCCCCUUCCACCCCGGCAGAGAGGACAAGCCUGCGCCACCACCGGAGGGUCGUCUUCCAGACGCAACUAAGGGUAGUGACCAUUUGAGGGAUGUCUUUGUCAAGCAAAUGGGGCUGUCUGACCAGGACAUUGUCGCCCUCUCCGGUGGCCACACCCUGGGAAGGUGCCACAAGGACAGGUCAGGGUUCGAGGGUCCCUGGACUGCUAAUCCUCUCAUCUUCGACAACUCCUACUUCAAGGAGCUACUGAGCGGAGAGAAGGAAGGGCUGCUUCAGCUCCCUUCAGACAAGGCUCUUCUGUCCGACCCUGUCUUCCGUCCUCUCGUCGAGAAAUACGCUGCUGACGAGGAUGCGUUCUUCGCUGAUUAUGCCGAGGCACACCUGAAGCUCUCCGAGCUCGGAUUCGCCGACGCUUGAGAAGCCGUAUAUCUUUCACUGCCGGUGUUUGAUUGUUCGUUUGUUUGCCUGAUGAAGUAGUAGUGUGGUUCCCAAACUCGUGCUAUUUUUGCCGGUGAAUUAAGUCGUCCUCUCGCAUUUUGAUGUACGAGUUUACAUCUUUUUUUUUAUCUAUUUUGUUCAGUAAGAGGCGAAUAUGGAGAAGUAUGAACCUUUUGGGGACAAUGUCGCUUUGCUUCUAAUCUUUUAAUAAAUCUGUAAUUUAUAAUUUU